AUGCAAUAUAUAUGCAUAUGCUGCCCAGAUCCCAGGAGGUCAACACUUAUCUUUGCAAGGGCUGAGAUAUCAGAUAUAGACCAUUUGGUAUCAUUCGUGGAUCGUUUUAUGGAUCUCCUCCCGAAUGACGGAAGUAUGGUUGAUGUUCAACCUUUGCUUCAUCGAUUGUAUGAAGAAAACAAGGAGUGGAAGAAUACCUAUACUACAGGGCACAAAUUUGUCGAUCACCAAGUAGCUCGAGCACUUCAAAAAACCACGAAUGCGAAACCCGAGCCAGAUUUUCCAGCGGCACGAAGGCGUUAUAUUCUCGACGAAACGGCGAAGCAGAUCCGCGAUCCCAUCAAACUAAGAUAUCAUGUUCUUGAGGUGUUCAAUCCUACUCGAGACACGACCUCAAUCACCAUUGGCAACACUCUUUUCCAGCUGACCAGACAUCCUCAUAUAUGGACGAAACUUCGCAAGACUUCUUUGGAAAUUAAUGAACCAUUGACCUUCGAGAAUCUUAAACAUCUCGUGGAUUUUAGAUAUGUCAUACAAGAAACCAUUCGUGUAUGGCGUAUAGCUAGUAGGGAUACUAUCCUACCAUUAGGAGGAGGUUCAGAUCAAAAGAAUCCUGUAUUUAUAGCUCAAGGAACGUCUGUUGUUCUUGGUACAUGGAGUAUGAAACAUGAUAAUGGAAUUUGGGGUGAUGAUGUUGAAGUAUUCAACCUAGAUCGAUGGAUAGGUCGCAGGGGACAAGAAGUAUGGGAAUUCGUCCCAUUUCUGGAUGGUCCAAGAAUAUGUCCCGCUCAACAGCGGGUUUUAAGUUAUUCGAUAUACCUUUUACAGUUUUCGGGAGAUGCCCAAGAAGGAGAACACCAGACGGUGUGGGUAACAGCAGACUAG